CAACGUUAUAAUUGAUAACUGGUUCCAAAUCGAAGAAGAGAGAAGAGAGAGAAUUUGCCCGGAGCGGCACCAUGAAAUCCGACGCAGAUUCUCUCAUUCCUCUCCUUCCAAAGCUAAAAUCAGAAACAGAGAAACCUGCGUCGGUUCUUGGUGCCGUUUUUAACGUUUCCACAAGCAUAAUCGGCGCAGGUAUCAUGUCUAUCCCUGCAACAAUGAAGGUCCUCGGAGUCAUACCAGCUUUCCUCUCCAUCGUAAUCGUCGCAUUAUUAGUCGACAUCUCCGUACAAUUCAUGCUUAGAUUCACACAUUCAGGUAAUUCAAAAACAUACGCUGGCUUAAUGCGCGAAUCCUUCGGUUGGCCAGGAUCAAUCGCGGUCCAGAUUUGCGUUAUGGUUGCAAAUCUAGGUUGCUUAAUCAUUUAUCUGAUUAUCAUCGGAGACGUUUUGUGUGGAAAUCAACCUGAUGGAGUAACGCAUUUAGGUUUGUUACAGGAAUGGUUUGGUAUUCAAUGGUGGAAUACUCGCGCGAUUGCUUUGUUCUUGGUUGUUAUCUUCAUCAUGCUUCCUUUAGUCCUAGUUCGUCGUGUUGAAUCAUUGAAGUUCAGUUCAGCUAUAUCAGUUUUCCUAGCAAUAGUAUUUGUAUCCAUAUGUUUUAUACUAGCAAUCACCGGAAUAUUCGCCGGAAAAACGAAGAACCCUAGAUUCUUCCCUGACAUAAACGAUCAAUCAUCUUUCUUCAACCUAUUCACCGCAAUGCCAGUCAUAGUCACAGCCUUCACAUUCCAUUUCAACGUUCACGCAAUCGGAGUCGAGUUUCCAAAACCAUCUCAAAUGACAACGGCAGUCAGAAUCUCCCUCAUUCUCUGCGCCGCCAUAUAUUUUUCAGUCGGCAUCUUCGGUUAUCUUCUAUUUGGAGAUUCGAUUUUACCAGACAUACUUGUGAAUUUCGAUAAGGGUACUUCGGAUUCAGAAUUCGGUUCCUUGCUUGAUGAUACAGUUCGAUUAAGCUAUGCUUUACAUCUCAUGUUGGUGUUUCCUUUGCUGAAUUUCUCGUUGAGGGCUAAUAUUGAUGAACUCUUGUUCCCUAAAAAGACGGCAGCUUUAGUGACUGAUAAUCAGAGAUUUAUACCGAUUACGAUUGUUUUGCUGGGGAUUACUUAUGUAUUGGCUAUAAUGAUUCCGAACAUAUGGUAUUUCUUUCAGUUUGUGGGUUCAACUGCUGCUGUUUCAUUAGCAUUCAUCUUUCCUGGUGCAAUUGCUUUAAGAGAUGUUCAUGGUAUAUCAACAAGGAAGGACAAGAUAAUGGCUACUGUGAUGAUUGUUCUUGCUAUAGUUACAAGUACAAUUGCUAUAGUUACAAAUAUUUUUAAUAUCUUUGGAAGCAAAUUAUGAUAAUUCUCUCUUUCUCUCUAUUGGUAGAUAAUUCAAUUUUGUAAUCUAUUGUGUUCAUUGUGUAUUAUUUGUAUAGUUUGAUUUCCUUGUGUGAAAGGAAUCUAUUCAUGUGUCAUUGUAUUUUUAUGUAUACUCUUCAAUCUUCAUUUUUUCCUCUCCAUUGAUGAAAACAUGAUAUAUGAGAAUCAAAUAUACAAUUGUUCAGUUUGAUU